AUGGCACAACUUUUGAACUGCGAAAUUCCACCAUAUUGCCGAUUCGAUAGAAAACACUAUUUCUAUGCUGAUAUGCCGGCUGGGUCUAUCGGAGCUCUCGCACCUUCUGGAACACCCAUUUUUGAGAGUGGAUUCGCAAUUUAUGCUUUCUAUUUUGACAGUUAUCAAAUAACACAAAUAGCGCAAACCGUGGCUUCGGAACGGAAAUUUAAGGUCCGCAUUACACAACUGCAGCUUGAACAAGAUAGCGGAAAAACGAUUCACUUCGGACAAUCAUCUCUUAUUGAUCUCAAUCGUGCAGGUGCUCCACUGGUUGAAAUUGUUAGCGAACCGGAUUUCUCGUCAGCGCUGGAAGCCAUGUGUUUUGUUCAGCAGCUUCGUUUACUUCUCAUGCAUCAUGGUAUAUGUCGAGGAGAAAUGCAUAAAGGCCAUCUGCGUGUUGAUGCGAAUGUAUCCCUGUCACAUGGAGGGAAUAAAGGAGUUAGAACUGAGGUGAAGAAUAUCAACAGCUUGCGGCAUUUACAUACUGCCAUCAAUUUUGAGAUUAAUCGGCAAUAUGAAGUGAUAUCGAGUGGAAAUAGAGUGGUCAACGAGACAAGGACAUGCGAUGAACACGGGCGCACCUUUUCUAUGCGAGAUAAAGAAGAAAUCACGGACUACCGCUUCAUUCCUGAACCCAAUCUACCCUUUCUCAAGAUUCGGCCGGAGUGGGUAACGGAAUGUGCAGCAUCAGUGUCAUCUGAGCCAAGUUACGUGAAGUACCAACAACUUGGUUUCAACCCUAGGCGUGCCGUUCAUUACGCUGAAAAUCCCACACUUUCACGUUUUGUGGAUUUUUGUGCUGACCGUGUGAAGAACAUCGGGACGGAGGAAUUCAUUGCAUGGAUGAAGGAGCUGAAAAUGAUUAUGCAACGGAGCAAAGCAGUGUAUCCUCCGGAAGAGUGA